AUGGCCUACGGCUGGCCCCUGGCCCGAGUCAAAGGCUGCCUCCGGCUCCGCAGCCAGCUGGGCCGACAGUGCCUGGCGGAGUUUCUGGGUGUGUUUGUGCUCAUGCUCCUCACCCAGGGGGCUGUGGCCCAGGCCGUCACCAGCGGAGAAAGCAAAGGCAACUUCUUCACCAUGUUUCUGGCCGGCUCCCUGGCCGUGACGGUAGCCAUCUACGUGAGCGGUAACGUUUCAGGGGCCCACCUGAAUCCGGCCUUCUCCCUGGCCAUGUGCCUCCUGGGACGUCUGCCAUGGGCCAAGCUCCCCAUUUACUGCCUGGUGCAGCUUCUGUCGGCCUUCUGCGCCUCCGGAGCCACCUAUGCGGUCUACUAUGAUGCCCUCCAGAAUUAUACAGGUGGGAACCUGACAGUGACUGGCCCCAAGGAAACGGCCUCCAUCUUUGCCACCUACCCUGCCCCUUAUCUGUCCCUGAACAAUGGCUUCCUGGAUCAGGUUCUGGGCACAGGAAUCCUUAUUGUGGGGAUCUUGGCCAUCACGGACACACGGAACAAGGGAGUGCCUGCGGGUCUGGAGCCUGUGGCUGUGGGGCUGCUGAUCCUAGCCAUCGGGCUAUCCCUGGGUGUCAACUGUGGGUUCCCACUCAACCCUGCCCGCGACCUGGGCCCACGGCUUUUCACCUAUGUGGCUGGCUGGGGUCCUGAAGUCUUCAGUGCCGGGAAUGGCUGGUGGUGGGUGCCUGUGGUGGCCCCUCUGGUGGGGGCUGCGCUUGGCACAGCCACGUACCAGCUGCUGGUGGCCCUCCACCACCCCGAGGAGUCAGAGCCAGCUCAGGAUCUAGAGCUCGCGCGACGGAAAGCCUCAGGCUUGGAGACAUCUGCCCCAGCUCGGCGGCCGCAGCUGUGA